AUGAUGAGUUUCUCAUCUAGGUUGUGUUGUUUGCGAAACCUUACUGGUUUCAAUGAAGUUUUUGGACCAGUAUCCAAAGUUUCAGUAGGACUUUUACGACCAUCGUCAGUCGUACGUACAGCCAAAGCAGCUAAAGGUAGUGCGAGCGAAAAAGUUCGUAGGCAAGCUGAAAAGGAAAUGCAGUCGUUUUGGGACAGAAAUGCUACUGAAAGGCGGCCCUGGUCUCCCCACCUUCAGGUUUACUCGGCACCUUUGGUAAUGAGAUUCUCUUUUCUACAUCGGGCGACGGGGAUUGCUAUGGCUAUUGUGUGGUCAUCUGUAGGAAUUGGUGCUUUCUUUUUCACUGGACAUUAUGACUCCUUACUUGAUUAUGUAAAAAACAUGCAUUUGGGUACUUCCGUCAUAACCGCAUGCAAGUUUAUUCUAUGUUACCCGUUGGUUUACCACUAUUUGAACGGGAUAAGACACUUGGCUUGGGACUACGCUAUUGGCUUUCCUAUCAAAACAUGUAAUACGACUGGAUUUAUUGCUUUAGGAUCAUCUUUAGUUGUUUCUGCUAUCUUAGCUUGCAUCCGAUUAUAACAUUGUCCUGUACGGUAUUCGGGUUCAUCCUGUUAUUUUCUCUGCUUCCUAUUGAUUAUAUGUUGCCAAAACAUAAUCUAUUGUUCGUAAAUAUUAAUUUUAGUACGUAUAUUUGUAUUUUUUCUACAAAUACAUUAACAAUUGCGUUACUUCAUGACGAAA